UGUCUUUAUUUUUUCAGAAGGAGCUGAAGAGGAAGACAAAAACAGCAGGUUAAAGCCAGGACGAGGAGGCAAACACCAACUCUGUCAAUUAUCCUAUUUUGUACAAGUUUUCCUUCAGGACACAGAGAUGGACCGGUGGAGCUGCAGCGUCUUUGUGGUGUUUUUUCUUUGUGGAGCUUUUAUCAGAGAAGCACAUCCGGCUACUAUAUCUGAUGUCGGGGGACACAAAAGCUCUCAAAGACACCUGCUUCAGAAUGACGAUCACCCAAACAGUAAUAGCACUGACAUGAGAAUGGCAACCAACCCAGAUGGGGACUCAAAGCCUUUGGACUGGUCCUAUCUGGCUGCAGGACUGGGCACAGCUCUCACCGUUUCACUCCUCAUCGUAGUGACUGUCAAGUUUCGCCUCUUCCAUCGCUUCUUGGCCAGCUACAGGCACUCUCUGCUCGAGGAGACUGACGGGGUCAGCCAGUAUGGCCAGGAGGAUGUGUCCUUUCCUAACAGUGUGAUGGGUAGAAUGGGAACAGUUGGAAGGACUCUGGAUGACGAUGAUGAUGGCUUCAUAGAGGAUAACUAUAUUCAGGCCAGUGAGAAAGACAGGGCAGAGAGAGAAAGAGAAGAGGAGGAGGGAGGGGAAGAGACAGAAGACAGUGACGAGGAUCUUGAAUUCACUAUUGGGUGAUUAGAUACAGGGACUAAAAAACAGCUCGUAUAUAGCUAAGAUAAAAAUGACACUAUAGAGAAGAUGAUUCGGAACCUUUCUGGUUUGUGACCCCUUAAAAUGAAUCAUUGUCCGCUGGCAACCUCUUGUCACCCCUUGUAUAUGUCUAUGAACUGUCACUCAUGAACCGGUCACACCAAAGAGAGAUCCACUAAAAAUGCCUUAUAUUGUUUCAUUUAAAUAAUAGUUACAGGUCAGAAUAUCUAUUGAUCACAAAAUGUUUUCUAUUCUAUUUAAUAAUUUCCUCUAAGAUUAAUGUGUGACCCCUUGGAGAGAUUCUGCACAGUAGAUGUAAGAUUGAUGUUAAAACUGAAUGAGCCACAGCUCCCAAAGCUGGAAAACUGCACAUUUUAAUAGUAUGAUGUGGUGAAAGUAAUAACCAAAAUGUGAAAACAGACAUAAAAUGUUACUGCUUGUCACCGAGUUCAUUUGAGUCUGUAGUUGUAAGCACAUCCCAUCACAAACUCAUCGAAGGAAAAAGUAGAGAUUAUAUAGAGACACUGGAUUAUAGAUCUUAAAACUUUAUUGGAUUGAAACAAGCAAUGUUUUUACCAUACUUGGUCUUGACUACACCUUGCUGAUCACAUUUAAUUAUUUCAUUUAAUGUAAACUCUAACUAUUCUCCAAAAAGAUCAGUUAAAGUCAGUGUAAAAUAAGAAUAAAUAUAGGUUCUGAGUUUGUCAGACCAAAGAAGAAAGUAUUAUUAACCACCCAGCCAAAUUUGAAUAAUUAAACAUAUCGACAAGUUCAUGAAAUAAGGUGUAAAAUCAGGUAAAAAUGAGCAGUAAUCUCAGCUCCAGGACUGUGAGGGCGUGUUCAAUGAAUGUGCUAAAGCCACGUCAACUUGCGUGAGACGUCAAGCAGCAAUUUUGAAGUGACUGAAACGUGUCAGAUGAGUUCAGAAAAUGACAUGACUAAGUUUGAAACACUCUGCUAGGUGUGCAGGGGUAUGCUCAGGGUCAUCGAGUCAUCCUUUAGCAUCACCCGAAAAAAUCCUGGACUGAAAACUGGUGAAAAACUGUUUUAACCUCUAACUCCACAGUUCAGUAGUAAAUUACGUCUUUUCACAAGUUUUCAGCAACUAUUUUCCAACAUAUUUAAUGUAUUUUGAAACAAAUCUCAGGAAUUUACACUGACUUUAGGAUUUUCCUUUUAUGCAGAAUUUAAGCUGUUCCCAUUAAAACUCAAAUCUGUAAGAUUUUUGAAUUUAGAUAUUGAGCUUGUAUGUAUAUGUAAGUUGUUGGAAAUUGCUGUUCACACAUGCUAAUGAGAAUACAUGCCAAUCACAUGAGUAAGUAAAGUACUCACAUUUAGUUACAAAUGCAAGGUUGGUUGAUUUUGACAGUGGAUCAACAACAAAGACGGGAAACAUCCUGAUACUUCAUCUGUGUAGUAGUCUGAACAUGCAGAAGUUACAUCUUAAAAAGUGUCCAAUGAGUGUAAGGUAGCAGAAAGUAUUUGAAUACAUUUACAUGUAUAGUAUGAAAUUGUUUUAUUUGAAAUGCACUUCAUGAAUAAAUUCAUAUUCAUUCAUUCUUCC